AUGAACCAGAAACACAGAUUUCAAUGCAGCUCACCAGAUCAAUUAUCCAGAAAUCUACAAACAGCCUUCAACUCUCAAGUCAAAGUUUUAUCUCGGUCAACAAAAAACAAAAUGUCUUCCACCAACCCUCUCCACAACACCGCUGAGACCGCCGGUCAGCACAAGGACACCAACCCUGCUAAGCCCAGUGUCAUCUCCUCUGAGGGUGCCAUUGGCAGACAAUUCAACCCGGACGGUAACAUUGGCCAGAUCGGCGAGAAGGUCGGAGGCCCCUUCUCCAAGGACGGUGUGAUUGGCGGCCAGUUUGAUGCUAGCAAGGGUGGUAUCGCGGGUACCGUUGAGAGAGCAGUCGAUGGACCUAGGAACCCGGCUAAGAAAUGA